GGGAAAUCGGGAGAUAAAGGAGUCAAUUGUACAUUUUCCUCUUAAAACUCAAUUUUCCAACCAAUUUUCAUCAAUUUUCACGGAAAAAUCACUCAAAAAAUGGCACUUGCUGUUGCCGGCGUUCAAUUGGACUUUUUCAAUGAAUUCGCAAUCGUCUCAUUUUACAAUAAUGGAAAGAUUCAUAUCGUCACUGGCCAAAAUGGGUGCUUCAAAGUGCCUCUUUACGUUGCUUUCACACAAAACGACGUCUUGAUCGGUGAAAAUGCCAAAGCUUAUCAUCGUUUGGACCCGACAAAUUGCAUUUAUGAUUUCGGUAAACUCUUUAAAAAAUCGUACACUGACGAAGAAUUACAGGAACUUACCAACAAUUAUCCUUACAAAUUAACCAAAAAUGAGAGUGGCGUCCUUCAAAUUCACGUCAAUUUCAUGGGAGUCGUCAAAUAUUACCCGUUUUUGUACAUUUUUGCGAUGUUUAUGAACAAAUUGCUGGAAACCGCUUUGAAAGUUGCCAACAUCGACCAAAUCCAAGGAUAUGUGAUGAUUUUUCCCGACACUUGUAUCAGCGACAUGUUCAAAGAGCUUCGCAUGGGACUUCCUUAUACCAAAUUUCGAUUGCUGAAUACCAUUUUUGAUACCGUUGCCAUUGAAAUGGCUUACAAAAAGCGCGUAGAUCCUGAAAAGAAGAACAAAAUCAUCACUUAUAACUUUACAGAAACAGCUAUUCGCGCUUCUACGAGCAACGAGUUUGAAUCAAUUUCAGUAAUUGAGGAGAUAAAUGUUUUGGAAAGCCUUAAAAAAUGUUGUGUGGAUCAUUUUUUAUCGGAAUUCGGAUGUGACGUCACCAAAGAUGACUUUUUGUCACAAAAAUUGGAAGAGGAAUGUAAAAAAGCUGCUGAUGAAUUAAUUACAUCCAAAGAAUAUGUCGUCAAAAUUGAACAUACUUUACUGGAAAUGACCUUGAAGCAAGAGAUAUUGGAUGAAAUUUUAAACAAAAAAGAUUUUUUCGAUUCUAUUGAGAAAAUCAUGACUACAAAAGAAGAUUCUGAAGAGAAUUUCGUACUUUUUGCUGGAAAAUAUUCGUUACUUCCAAGUAUCCGUCAGUCAUUUUUGGAAAUUUACAAGGAAGAAAACCUCCUUAUCGCAGCAAUUCCUGAUUUUGUGAUCUCAUAUGGAGCAAUAAUUACAAUUUUUUCACCUAUCAAGGCGAUAAAUCAAAUGAAAUUUUCAGCUCAAUUGAAAAUGAAAGAAAAAUCGACCGAAAUCCAGUCAAAUAAUAUCGAUGAAGCCCAAAUACUGUUCAACGACUUUUCCAAAGACUUUAAAAGUUUCAAAGAACAAAUCGAUGAAGUCUCAAAUUACCUUUCAGAAGGCACGAAAUCGGUUGCAAGAGAUCAAAUUAACAAUUUUAAAGAAUUUUUGACAACUUUUACACAAAAUCACGUCGUCGUAAAAGAAGUUGAAAUCCUAAAACAGCAAAAAUUGCAACUCCAAUCGGUUAUGACUCGCAUAAUUGAGGCUGGAAGACAAGCAAAAGAUAAUUUCAAGAUGCACGAAGAACUCGCAAAUGAAGAAUUUGAGAACAAAAAUUAUGAAAAGGCUCGAAAUCAUUGCGAUGAGAUUUUAUCCAUGCAAUUUUUGACAGAAGAAGAGAAGGAAAAGUGGGAAAAUUUCCAACAAAAAGUUUUUUCGGCAUUGGAAAUGCAAAAAGAGCAAGAAAAUGAGGUUCUUGAAGGAACUACUGAGACAGAAUAUGAUACUGAAGAUCAAACUGAAGACUUAAAUUCGACUUUAGAAGCAAAAAACGAUGAAGAAGAAAAUUUUUCCAGCGAUAAAUCGAGUUUAAAGUCAAAAGAAGUUGAUACAGAGUCAAUUAGAAGCGUCAGUAACAAAACCACAGAAUCAACCCGCAUUCGAAAUAUUUUGAUCGAUGACAUCCAUACCGCUUCAGAUGAGGAAAAUUACGCAGAAGCUCUUGAAAUUUGCAAAGAAGCUCUUUCCCAUUUCCCGUGUGAUGAAGAAAUCUUGUAUUUCAAAGCUUGUUCCUUGAAAGAACUUUCAAUGCAUUCCGAAGCAAUUUCUGACUUCACCGAAGUCAUUCAACAAAACCCAGGCAAUGGAAAUGCCUAUUUUAAUCGUGGCGAGUGUUUCUUUCACUCGAAAUUGUACAACGAGGCACUUCAUGAUUUCCAAUCGUACAUCCAAAAAACUGGAAAUAAGCCGGAAAUGUUGAAUAAUUUAAUCGCAAAGACAAUUUUUCACACAAAACUUCAAAAGAUCGAUGAAUUAAUUGAAAAUGGGAAUUACGAAGAAGCCAAAAAUCGCAUGCAAAUCCUCGCAGAGUGCAAUAAAAAGGUCGAAACUGAUCUGAAAGUCCAAUAUUUGAUUCGACAUGUGAAAAUUAUGCUUUGUACUGAUGACUUGAAUCGCGUCGAGGAAGAUAUUAAUAUUUUUUUGAACGCAAAUCCGGGUGAAAAGUUGUCAGUUUUGAAGUUACGUGCCAAAUGUUACGAAAUAAAGAAACAAUUUGACAAAGCGAUUCAAGAUAUGAAGGAAGUUUAUGAAAUGGAGCCUACGGAAGAGAAUCUCGAACAACUGGAACGCAUGAAGAAGAAGCAAAAUGCAAAUUUGAAGAAACAUGAAUAUUUUGCAUCAGAAUACAGUAUUAAUUCUAAGUAGCAUAUUUUUUUCCUUAAAAUGUUAUUAGAUACCAAUUUUUUUCAAUAAUAU